ACUCGGUUAGCUUGACACUGUUUUGCGAAAGAUGGAGCAUCAUCACCAUCACUCUGUUAUUAAGAGAUAUUUUUCAGUUUUCACUGUGCAGCUUGGCGAACAGUAACCUUACAAACUAGCUAUGUCUAUGACCUACGUCUCACACGGACAUAUUCCAUUUGUAUCUUCAAAAUGUAAAGGUGUUACUGUUAGCUUUCUUUAUAAAGUCAUGAAUGGACAUCAGUAGGCUGCAGCUAACAGCGCUAACGUUAGCUAAAGAAGUAGCAUUACCUACAUUCCUAACAUGUUUGGACUUUGUUAGGUAUUGUACACUUGUAGGAGAAGCUGCUGCUCGUAAUUAGAGUUAUAAUGUAUUUAUCUUCGUUCACCACGGUUUUAACUGUGGUUUCUAACGUCUGUGACACUGGGAAAGACAAAAGUUAAACCUUAACUCUACCUCAACUUUCUCAGCCUGUUCUCCAUGAUGUGGGUGUGUAUUGCUGUUUUCCUGCUGUGGACGAGGUCAGGAGGAUGUACAGAGAAGGCCAACACAUCAGACCUAAUAGAAUACACAGCGGCCGACUUCUAUGACAAACUGCAUUCUGCGAAGAUGAUGUUUAUCUAUUUUGAGCAUCAAGUCUCUCCAACCAUCUCUCUCUUCUUGGUGGAGUUGGAGAAGUCUGCUGAGGUUCUGCAGGAUUAUGGGAUACUGGUUGGCAAGAUCAACUGCAAUAAAGAGCUGCUUCCCUCAUACUGCAUGAAUGAAAGGGUGCUGCAUACAGCUUUUCUAUUCAGGAGCGGGAAGGAGUUCUUGAGUUUUGAUUUGGACACCGUGUUUGACGUCAACUCCAUAGUCUCCGAAGUCCUGUUUGCCAUCCUACGUGAUGAGGUCAAGUACGUCCAUUCAGAUGCAGACCUCCUUGCCAUGGAGAAGACAGCCAGAGGGAAGAAGGAUAUUGUGCUGGGUUACGUCAGCAGUCUGGGGACACAAGAGCACAGAUCGAUGAUGGAGACGGCUUACGUGUACGGAUCCAAAUACCAGUUCAUCCUCAUAACCGGAGGUCCAGUCUUGAAACACUUGGGUGUGAACGAAUCCUCUCCAUCGUCUCGAGUGUGGUUCCUCCACUGUAGGGUUCACGCAGGGUUCAUGACCCGGAUGACCUCUGAGCGAUGCCCUUUGACCCGUAUGAGGAAACCCCUGUCUACCCUCAGCCUCCACUCCUUCCUGCAGCUCAUGGAGGCUCCGCUAGUGUCUGAAGUAUAUGAUGACCCCUCUGCAGUCCAGCCCCCCCAGUUCCCCUACCAGCAGACCCCCCAGGUCUUCCUGUUCUCUCGUCGUGCAACCAAACACCUGGACCUGGACACGGCCACCACUCUGGCCUGGAGGCUCCGUGGCCUGGCCCUGCUGGUGCUCGUACACAGGGAGAGUCCUGCAGUUAAAACCCCUGACGAGUUUAAUGCUGCUUACAGGCUGCCUGAGAUGGGUUCAGAGGUGGAGUAUUUGACCUUACACAAUCUCGAUGAGGUCAUAGAGCUCUUCAUUCAUCAAGAGAAAGAGGCAGAGGGUGAAGAGGAGGAGGAGGAGGAGGAGGAGGAGGAAGGGGUGGAGGAGGAUGAGGAGGAAGAUUCACAUUUUGGCGAGUUGGACGAUGAAAUUGCAGCAGUUAUCUACGACAACAGAGGAGACCUGCUGGACAUGGACUCAAUUACCCAACUGACCUCUGACAACUUUCACACUACAGUAGCACAAAGCAGCCUGACAGUGGCGCUCUUCUACCUCAAAUGGGAUGCUGUUUCAAUGACUUUUCUCAGCUCCUUCAUUGAAGUUGCAGAGAGACUUGCAGAGUCCGAGGUCGACGAUGUUCAGAUGAGCGCCGCCGACUGUGGAGAGUGGACCGACCUGUGUGCCGCUCAGCCAGGCAGCUCCCUCCCGAUUCCUUUCCAGCCAAUCACAGCCUUCCCCAGCGUCUUGCUGCUCCGACCCCAGGAGUCAGCCCAGCAUUACAGAGGAAUGCUGGGUAGUGAGGCGCUGCAUCGCUUCAUUAUGCUGAGCCGCUCAGCUUCUCCCGCACCGCUGUCCACCCUAGAGGAAGUGACAUCAUUCCUUCAAGAAGUGCCUUGCCCUGAGUUAACAGGCUAUAAGCCUGACAGAGUACUUGGACUGUUCAAGACACACACACAUGCGGAUUUGCCUUUGUUUACUGAAGCAGCGAAGUCAUUAAGAGGGGAGGUGCUGACUGGAUUGCUGACAGAUGGGCUGGCAGAGAAAUGGGCUGCAGACCACACUGUGGAUCUUCCCGUUGUUUUGGUGUUUCCAUCUUGGAGAACACACACUCAUCCCUCCAAGCUGCCUCUGUUCUCCUCUGCUGGGGAGCUGCUCUCACACAUAAACACUGCCUUGCUCCAUCCGCUGCCUGAGUUGACGGUGGAAAACCUGCCGUCCUUCCUCACCCUGGGUAAAGCCCUCCUCCUCCUCUUUGUAGGAGAAGAGGAGGACGAGAUCGGGCAGAGGCAGAACAAGGCGCUGGUGGAGGAGAUGAGAGGAGUGGUAGAGUUGGGAGGGGAGAGAAUGGAGCCAUACCUGGCAUGCUGGAUCCACCUUGGCCGUACUCCAGCUGGUAUGUCCGUCCUGGGGUCAUACCUGGGCUCUAUGCCCCCACUUCCUGCUCUGGUCCUCACUCAUUUGCCCUCUGGAGGUGAAAUCUAUCAGUACCCACCCAGCACCCCUAUAGUGGCCCCCUCUGUCCUGCAGUGGCUGCAGAGGGUCGAGGACGGGACUGAGUCAUCUGCAGGUUUUCCACACACUUUGCUAAGCCAGCAAAUCAGUGAGAACGCAACAACAAAAGCAGUCGUGGCAGGUGACUGUGCAGCCUUGAUUUACAGUAUGUUACUUUGAAAAAGUGAUUUUCAGAUGUCAGAAAGAGUAAAAUACACUAAGGGGAUGCAUUCAAAGGAUGGAUAUUAAUGUGAUUUCAUCAACUUUAUCUCAUCACUUUUACAUUAUUAUACAGUUUUACUUGCCCUCAGACAAGUGCAUCUAUGAAACAGUGACAGUUCAGUUUGUGGCGCUCCUCUGCUUUGCCUGUGAGGAAUGUGAAAGGUAUGUGCAAGAGGCUCGCAGUUAAGCAGCUACACAUGUAAUGAACGUAAAACGGUCUUUUAAUGAAGGUGCUGAUUGUUGAGGUAACUUCAGACUGUCUGGAGCCAUUAACCUCUGACCUUUAAGCCCUGUAGUUUGUAUAGGCGACAGACAAGAUAAGACACCGGUCUCGCUGUGACUCGUCUCUGUCUACCUGAACCAAAGGAUUGUCAUCCAUUAAUGUCAUCCUGCCCAUUCCAUCCAUUCUCCACAGAGAAACCAGAGACCUGCAGCCUAUAAAGAUGCAGAGUGACUUUAAGCCUCUAGUUUUUACUUCCUGGGAGUUUCCAUGGCAGGCCUGUUUCUGCAUUGUGGCAUUAUUUAGUAUCUUUGAAGUUGCUCAUCAACAUUUUCAGAUUUUCAGAAGUUUCCCACUGAUUGUCAUGUUGCACAAUUAAAGCUAAAAUGAUUACACCAGCUUAAA